CCCCGCCCCUACCCCCCUCCCUCCCCGGUAAACAAGAGCGGCCCCGUGGUCGGGCGGACGUAGCGAAAAGAACCGUAGGGGGGGAAAAAAAUAUCCGAGGCGAAUGUUACACUUCGUAGACGUAUUAUAUUAGUUCUUAAUCUGUUAUUUUUUUUAACGCCAGGGCCAUUUGCCGUACGCGAAGACCACCGUCGCAAAUAUUGACCCAAUUCUAGAUUUUGAAAGGGUGGGAAAAUAACAUUUAAACCAAUGUUAAAAAAGUGAGCGAGCGUGCGAGAGAGAGAGAGAGUGGAAAGGCAUACAUACAGUGCGCGUAUGUGUCUGCGCGAUUGGUUAAGGUUGGGGAGUUGACAAAAACGACGACUACUACGACGGUGGUAGCCGUAGGAGUUGUCGGCGGUGGUCUUUGGAGGUAGGGAUCCGGUGACGGGUGAGUGAACGGUGACAAUUCGGCAUCGCGAUCGGUGGGUGGCAGAUCGUAGUUACAUCGGCAGCAAUGGUGGUGGUGGUGGUAGUAUCAGUCGUAGUUCUCGCUAUGGGUUAACCUUCGACAGUUGACAAGUCGACGACAGUAGCGUCGGCUAGUGGCGAUAUCGCUCGUAGUUGUAGCUAUGUAGAGAGAGAGAGGGUGGGAGGGAGGUGAGCGCUUAUUAACUACUGCGACUAAACUAAACUGCACGAAUCGAGCAUCGCGACGGAUUUGGAAAGUGUCGGUGCCUCCAUGAUCGGAUUCCCAGCGAUCCGGAAAGAUAAUGGGGACUGAGGGCUCUGUGCAGCAGCAACAACAGUAUCCGGAGCCUCUAACCCAAAAGCAGUCCGAGUUGGUGAAGAGAGAAGAUAAAUUGCUCACGUGGGACACGAGGCCACUUUCCAACAUGGAUUUCCCCGAGGACCAGGGCUCGCCAGGGAGACCAGGCCAACAAAAGACCGGCGGUGGUACUGGAACUUCGUGGGCUGAACUGGUCCAGGACAGCGAGGUGUCCUCCCUCUGCAUCCUGGAUGAUGAAACCUCGGUGCCCGAGGAGCUCUUCAAGACGGUGGCGGAGUCCAUGGGGCUGUACAUGGCCGAUGGUGGGAACUUCGACCUGCUCGGCGAAGGCUCUCAGGACGUUGACGCGGCCAUUUUUCAGGGUGAGGACUUGCGCUCUUCGCCGUCAAACCUUUCCCACGUUGGUCCACGGGUUAGCCCGUUCCCAAGUGUUAAGCCUGGCGACGACUCUGCAGGUGCUCAAGAAAGCAUGGCAAGCCCUGUUUCGGCAGCUCUCAGAUCAAAGCCGCAGCAACAACAACAGAAGCAGCAGCAGCAGCAACAGCAGCAGUCUCGGCAGCUUCAUCAGCAGUCAGCAAAUAUUUCUGUGAAACAGGAGAAACAACAGCCACAGCAACGUUCAGAAACACAUGUUUUGAUGAAACCAGAAGCUGACGUUGGAGCAGAUUGUAGCCACUUCUCUCAUGGAAACAUGCAGCCAAACAGGCCAAUUAAGGUGGAGCCCCAGUCGUUCGAGAGUCCGUCAGAAUAUGGGGGACCUCAGCUGAUGGGUUUUGAUUCGAAUUUACACACAUACGGGGACAUGGACUCCAGUGCGAGGCACGCAGAAAGGGGGGCAUUUCCGGGUCCGUCCAGGGGUGACACCACUGCGAGUCGUGCCAACGUCAAAGAGGAAGACUCGGGUUGUGAUUUACACAUCUGCACGCCGGGCGUGCUUAAGAGAGAGUUGGAUGAACUCAGCUACUGCGCCAUGAGUAUGAGCACAUCCGUGGCAGCGGGCUCCCCAUUCGUGGAAGGGGUGGAGUUUCAGUUGCCCUACUCGGCAUCUGCCACAUCCUUUCGUCCGUCCGUUGCCACCUCGUCCGCCUCGGGCAUCUCCAACUUUUCAAAUGGGAAUAAUUUUGGAUUCCUUUCUCCCAAUGGAGUACAACAGGAUGGAUUUCCUUACCCUGGUUUCACGAGUCCCGCACAGUCCUCAGUCCCUCCGCAGAAGGCGUGUCUCAUCUGUAGUGAUGAGGCUUCGGGCUGCCACUACGGAGUGCUCACCUGUGGAAGCUGCAAGGUGUUCUUCAAGCGUGCCGUGGAAGGUACGCGACAAGGACAGCACAAUUAUCUGUGCGCCGGACGAAAUGACUGCAUCAUUGACAAGAUCCGCCGCAAGAACUGCCCAGCUUGCCGUCUGCGCAAGUGCAUCCAGGCGGGAAUGACGCUAGGAGCACGCAAGCUUAAGAAGCAAGGCCGGGUAAAGGGAGAGAACCAGCGCAGCCCAGCGUCCUCCACAGCCACCACCUCGUCUGCCACCCCGCAACCCUCCAGCAACUCGACGGCCGUGACCACGUUCUCGCCACCGCCGACCGGAGAGCCCAUUUUCUCACCCACACUCAUCGCCAUCCUGCAGGCGAUCGAGCCCGAGGUGGUCAUGUCCGGCUAUGACAACACGCGGUCCCAGACCACCGCCUACAUGCUGUCGAGCCUCAACCGCCUCUGCGACAAGCAGCUCGUGUCCAUUGUCAAGUGGGCCAAGUCUCUGCCAGGUUUCCGAAACCUGCACAUCGACGACCAGAUGGUGUUAAUCCAGUACUCAUGGAUGGGCCUGAUGUCAUUUGCCAUGAGCUGGAGGUCCUUCCAGCACACCAACAGCAAGCUGCUCUACUUUGCUCCUGAUCUGGUUUUUGAUGAGACACGCAUGCAGCAGUCGGCGAUGUAUCAAUUGUGCGUGGAAAUGAGGCAAGUCUCGGAGGACUUCAUGAAGUUGCAAGUCACUUCAGAGGAGUUUCUGUGCAUGAAAGCCAUCUUGCUCCUGAGUACUGUCCCACAAGAGGGUCUGAAGAGCCAGGGCUGCUUCGAGGAGAUGCGGAUCAGCUACAUCCGGGAAUUGAACCGGACCAUCGCACGGACGGAGAAGAAUGCCGUGCAGUGUUGGCAGCGCUUCUACCAGCUCACCAAGCUGCUGGACUGCAUGCAGGAUCUCGUGAGCAAGCUCCUGGAGUUCUGCUUCGCAACCUUCACGCAGACGCAGGUGUGGAGUGUGGAGUUUCCUGACAUGAUGGCCGAGAUCAUCAGUGCGCAGCUGCCUCGCAUCAUGGCCGGAGAAGCCCGGGCACUCCACUUCCACAAGAAAUGAGUCACCCCUCUGUGGCUGGCGAAAGUGCUUGAUUGUCGGGUGGGGGGGGGGGGGGGGGAGGAAAAAAAGGUGUCAGUUUUGGCUUGGGCCCCCCCAGUGGCUCUUUGUAACCAGUCAGAACGUGCACUUCGAGAAAUAUUACAGCCCCAUUGAAUUAUCGGUGCAUGUCAUCUUGUUUUGGAGAUAUUGAGGCCUGCUGUCUGGCCAUAGUUUCCAAUAGAAAGCCGUCCCCAUGUUGCAAUUAUCCUUGAGCUUCAGAUGUAUCCUGUGACCCAAGCUCAAAAUUAAUUCUGAAUGAACUUGAGCAUUUUCAGAAGCAACGUCUGCAGUAAGGGUUUUGUGAACACCGGAAUAUAAAGCACCUUCAGUCUGCACCAUACAUGUUUCAGCAACAAGGGCACAUGCUUACAUUCUAUCUGUUAAUUUUUCAAAGAAUUCAGAAUAGUGUUGAUCGUCCUGCAGAACUUUAUAAUACUGCCUUGUCCCUUUCAAGAGACACGGUUUGUAUGUUUAGCUCCCGGCCCUUUUUAAGAGCAAAAUCCAACUGUUUAAACCCACAAGAGACUAUUCAUGCUAUCUUUUUUAGACUUGGCCUAGUUAAAUUAAUUAUCUUUAAUCGUCAACCAAAACUAAUCUUUAAUUUUGUUUGUUAUUAAUAUACAUGCCUCAAACGUAUUUUCAGAUGUAUACACUUUUCAUUGGCUACUUGGAUUGUGGAAUUUGCCUACAAAGCUCUCUUGCUUUGGCCUAGGCCACUUCCUAAGCAAGAACUUCUGUUCAUCGCGAAACAGCUGGUAGCGGUAGUGCCAAGCAUCCGCACACUUUACAGCCGCGGCUCGGAAUGCUUAAAAAACAAAAAGAGGCAUCCCUGCAAAGAUAAACAACAAGCCAUUUGUCAUAAUGUACCUCUGUUUAAUUCAGAGUUACCCGAUGAAAAAGAGAGCCCCCCCCUUACCUUGGGCAAUUGGUCGUCUAUAUGGCUGAUAUGAUGUGAAAUUUUAUGCAGUUCCAAUGAAGAGCGGCGUGCUGCAUUGAAGCACCACGCGGUAAUUAGUGAUUGGCUAAGCGCAGUGCUACAGUGGCAACGUUCGCCCUUCUUGCUGGAGACGAGUGAUCUGGAGGUCCACAUUUUAAUCGACUUAGUAUUUUUGUUUAAGAUUGCACAGAUGUGCAUCAUGAGCCAUCACAAAUGUUUGAUUUUCAAAGGUCUAAUGAGAAAACGACAUACUUGGCGAGGUCAUUCUCUCCAAGUGGUAGUUUGAAAUUCUGGAAUUGAAAUGUAAAAAUAUAAAAUUCCGGUUACAUUAUAUAAUUAACAUGACAUGGGGAAAUCUCACAGGUUUUUUUUUGUCAGUUUAUUUGUUUUAUUGGCAAAGCCGUGUAACAUUUUUACAUCGUGUCACCUGUAGUUAGUGGUAUUGUAAAGGAACCGCAAGAUAAUUUGUCGUUGAGCACUUUGAAAAGUCAUUGUUCGGGCUAUCGAUUUGUAAAAGUCAGCCAAACACUAAAGAAAUACAUUGCAAGAUGGUCAGAAAGAAUAGGUUGUCUUUACUCUUGGUAGAACACUGGACACAAUAAUAGCGCUUGCUUGUGAAUUUCACAGGAAUUUUUUCUUUUGUUUAAUGGCUUGCCUCGGUAAUUAUAAUUUUUUUUUUUAGAUUUACACACAUCGUCAUCCAUCGGUCAGAAGUAGAAGUCGAGUAAGGUGGUGGUGAGGUGCGCGACACGCUCACAUCAUUCACGGCCGUGGCGGCGGACUUAUGGGUGCUUUUGGGCGUGGGACUGGAAUAUAGCUGAAAGGCAGCGGAUGAUUGUGAGGGCAUAGGCAAACAAUAUGGCAAGUCACGGCGAGGUACUGGAUCCACUUUUACAAUGUUGCAUGUUGUAACUAUGGCAAACUGUAGGACUCUGCUUUUGUCGGCUUGUGAUGGAUGGUUAGCCCCCUAGUAAUCAUUAUCCUGAGUGAAAAGUGAAGAUGGUGUGUACAUUUUUUUUAUUAUAACAGUUCGGUCACAAUGCUAUAAUAGCGACACUAAGUACAGUUACGAGUCCCUCCUGCAUUCAUAACAUCUUACUAGUAGAGCAGGUGAGCUUCAGUGGCUUAACAUAUAAUCCUUUCAUCUCCAUGGCUUUGCGGGUGCAGAAAACUAAAAACAUAAAACGUAAGUCGCGUUCAUCAUCGUUAUAUCAUUUGUGAUUUUUAUUUUCGAUUCUUUCGUGCGGAAGGGGAGGGGGGGGGAACAAGGCACUUCACUUGCUAGCGUGCGGGAAGAGCGGCUGAAGAAAUCUCUUUGGGAUUUUUUUUUUGUAUUUAAUGAUUGUGGAGCACUACUUUAGCAAAAUUCUUGUUUGUGCAGCUGGGCAAUGGGGGAGGGCAGCACGCUUGAGCUUAAAAGAGAGAGGGUUUUUUGGGGAAGGGUGCCUUGCAUCGUGAAAGAUGGAGCGGGCACCUGCUGCUGUUGUUGUUUGUGCGUACUUGGCGAGAUCGCGAUACCUGAGCAAUCUCCCUUUAGGUGUUGGUUCACUGAUUUCUCUUUUUUUUUCUCUCUCUCUCGUGAUGUUUCUCUCUUUUUUUUUCAAAACAAAAAACGUUUUAUUCUGUUUGGUCAUUAAAUUAAAGUGUUGUCCAAAAAAAAAGUUUGUAAUUUAUAAGAGAAUUAACUCCAAAAUACUAACAGACGACAAUCAUAUUAAUAGAAUGUUUAAAACAUGUUAUUUGUUUAAAAAAAUAAAUAAAGAAUAUAUAUGGUAUAGAGUUUUAUAUUUAAUAUAUAUUUGGCCAUCUUGCUAGGUAUUACACAGAAUGCACGUACGCAAUGGAGAACAUGGAUCGGCGCGGUCUUUGCUGCAUCACUUCACACUUAACGGCACCCUGUUACUCAGCGGCGGGCAAUAAAGGACCCCCUCGCCAAUUACGUACCAAAUGUUGAAGAUCCUCCUUUUGUAUGUUUAAUAUACUCAUAAUUAUUGGUGGCAAGGUGGUUUUAUUUUGUUUGGGUAACUGCCAUUUUUUUUGUAUGUAAAAUUUUAAUUUACAGAUGCACAAUGAGUAACGUAGCCCCCCUUCUCCGGGGGCGGGGGGGGGUGGUUAGUGUUCUGUAGGACGUGAGUUGGUCGAACACGGAAGGGUAUGUGAAGUAAAUGUACAAAUAUUGCAUGCCCGUAAUUUCACAUGCAAUGUUUUCUUCUUGGAUCUGAUUGUAUAUAAAGGAGAGAGGAGAGGAAAAGAGUGUGCAGCAUUAUGAGUAUGUCAAACAUCGAUUGUAUCUUUCAAGGCUAUAGAGAUGAAUGCGAGACGACGUGACUGGCAGCUUUGUUGACGUGAGGAGGGGGCGGGGUAGCGGGGGGGGGGAGAGAGGGUCAAAUGGUUAACAGUCACAGAGAUGUGGGGAGUGCCGAACCAGGAGUUUGGGGUGGUGAAGGGUCUGGCGUGGCGAAGGGUCUGGCGUGAGUGGGUUGCAGAGUGCGAGUUGCUGGGGGCGGAGGGGGUUGAAGUGGCGGUGGUGGCCAUGCCCCCCCCCCCACCUCUGAGCGAUAGGAUGGGGGGGGGGGUUCACCGUGGAAUCUGUGUGGCCGUGGUUGCCCCAUCAAAGGUAUGGCUGUUAAAAAAAGAGCCGUUUUCGGUAACCACUGGUACACAUUUUAAGGUUUUACAUUUUUACAAAUAUUGUACAGUGGAUGCUUCUUUUGGCCUAAGCAUGCUUCUAAUUUUUUGAGGAAAAAAAUGGACUAACUAAAUGAAUCGAUUAUAUACGGUGGUGCCUUGCAUAUUGGGAUAACAGAUGAAAAAGAUGUCAUAUUUUUGCUGUGAUUAUGUACGUAAAAAAAAAGCACUUGCUAAGAUGUUAAGUUUUACUAUUUUCAUGUCAAGUACUUAAUGACCCUUAAUUUCCAAAAGUACGUUUUUAUUUCUGAUGGUCUCAUAAUUCAGGCUGGCAACGAUAGUCUGAAGUUGGGCGACAUGGUAAUCGGACUUGACGUGCUCCUGCUAAUCACAAGGCUAAUUCCUGUAGGCUUUUUUUGUUUGCAUCUGCUCUGUAUACAAACUAUUAGUGAUAAAAACCUGUUAUUCUUUAUUUGACGUUGGUUUGUGCUUAUUUCACAUAUUAUAAGACACAUGCUGUGCAUAGCGUCAAACGUU